UUCGAGCCACUUUUAACUCACACCCUUAUUUAAAAGUCUUGAGCAAGAUGUGUGGAGGAGCAGUAAUUUCCGAUUACAUAGCGCCGAGAGCUGGCAAGCCUUCCUGGAGACGCGACGACGUCGUUGACCUGACACUCGACGACUUGGAGGGAGAUUCUCAGUAUUAUCCAUGGCUAGGUAUGAAAAGAGAAGAUGGGACGAGGAGGAAGAAGAAGACGAAUAAGAGUAGUAGUAGCGAGUACAGAGGAAUCAGGAGACGGCCAUGGGGAAGAUGGGCGGCUGAGAUUCGCGACCCGAUCAAAGGAGUUCGAGUUUGGCUAGGGACGUUCAACACUGCAGAAGAUGCUGCGAGAGCUUAUGACUUUGAAGCUAAGAGACUCCGUGGAGUUAAAGCUAAACUCAACUUCCCUAACGAGUCUCCUGCGUCAUCAUCUAGAAAGCGUAAAGCCUCUUCACCACCACCAACACAGCGGCCACAGGUUCGGAAGAUAGAAGAGAAGCGUGAGGAUGUUGAUGUUCUUGGUGGUGGAUGUUUUGAUUUCUUGUGGGAGGAGAAUAAUAAUGCGGACACGAGUCAGGUCGACACGCAAUGGCUUGAAGAUGUUAUUAUCAUGGGCGAUGAUGCGGAGAAGAGACAGAAAGGUUAUUAUGAUUGUGAAGGGAACGUUGAUGAGCUUCUGUCUUUUCAGAACGAGACGGAGUGUUUCUUACAGACGCCGUUUAUGGAGGGGGGAAACUGUGGUUUCUCGACGUCUCUGACUAGUCUCUUAGAUGAAGUCAAUGUCAUGGAUCUUUGGUCUUGAACGGUUUUUUUUAUUGUAUAUACGACACGAGUUGUAAAAAAAAAAAAACGACACGAGUGUUUGGUGUUCUGUUUUGUACAAAUGAGUUCUUGGUCUGUUUGUAUGUGCCUAGUUAGUGUCUUGACUCGUGAAUUUGUUUUGUUCUUGUCUCUUGUAAAUACUGAAAGAAAUGCCUUGUUUCCCGGCUU